AUGUCUAAAGAAUCUCAAGAAGUGAAAUUUGCCGAAUUUGUUCCAUCGCUGGCGAUGGACAAACUUUUGCAAAUUUACGAGGAAGCCAUGGAUAACAAAAUCGAUGUUGACUCCGAAGACCAUGAGGAAAUAUGGUUAGAGUUUUCUGAAGCGGUAACCGGCUGUAUUUGGAAGAUUGUUUUCACUGCGAAAAGUCUCAGUAAAGAAGAUUCGGAUAAAGCAAGUGCAUUGCUAAAGAAGUAUCGGGAUGAUGCGGGAUUUAUUAAUCCCACAUUUUACAACAAGUGGAUUUAUACCUUCAGAGAUGAGUUGCUGAAGAAGGAGGUGUUGGAUUUUUGGAAAAAUGAAGUUGUGGCAAAGGAAUUGGGUCCCUUGUGGGCAAGAGAUUGUGACUUUUUUGAUAAAUCGGAUGAUCCAGAACCUGUUAAAUUUUAUCAACAUGCCGGCUGUGAGGCUCCGUGGUUGAAAGCAAAGAAACCUGUUGCAGAGCCAUUGAAUCUUUUUGGCAAUACUGCAGCAUCCCCCAAAUCACCAGGCACUGCCGCUUCUACGGCAUCUUUAAGGAAAAUAAGCUUAGACAAUGCCUUGGCCGAUUAUAAGAACAAUAUGGAGGCACAAAACAACAUUGAUCCCGACGACGAGGAGGCAUUUACAAAAAUUUUUACCGAAGUCCGUGAGGUUUUGUGGAAAUUGUUAUUCAAUGAAUCGUCAUUGUCAGAUGCAAAAUUGAAACAAGCCGCUGAAUUAUUGUUGGCCUACAAGAAAGAUGCAUGCUUCCAAUCGCCUUAUCAAUACAACGAUUGGAUCGUUACGGUUCGUGAUGAAUUAAUUAAGCGUAAAUAUGUUGAUUUUUGGAAAAUCGUUGUCAACCAAGAAUUGGGUCUUAUCGGUGCCAAGGAAUCGGAUUAUUUUGACGAUAUGGAAGAUCCCAAAAUACCAGAAUUUUAUACGAUUGGUAACGAAAAGUUAACGCAGGAGAAAAAGUAA